CGGUAAACUCCAUCGUCCUUCCUCCAACCAAUCAAGCAGAAAGCUACCGUACCAGGAAAUGGAGGACUACUACUACUUCCCCACCACCUUGGAGGCAACCCCCGAAAUCAGCACAAGCUUCCGAAUCGUGCACUCCUCCCGCAAGCGGUGUUCGCCGUCGCCGAGGCCCCGCCGUACGUCGUCAUCCCGCGACAACGACGCCGGUGAACUUCGCCCCCACUACCUCGACACCUGCUUCCGGUGCGCGCGCAUACUUGCCGCAAACAGAGAUAUCUUCAUGUACAGAGGCGACACCCCGUUCUGCAGCGAGGAGUGCCGGCAGCAGCAGAUCAACACUGACGAGGUGGCGGAGAAGAGAUCCAACCAAUCAGCGGCCGCGACGAGGGAGCAGCAGAAGAACACGCACAGAGUGCCCGUCUGGGCUCGGUAGAAGCAUCGAUCGAUUCAAUAGCUUACACACCAAAUACCUCUAGCAUUUAAACUAUUCGGAAUUUUGCGUGUACGCAUAAUGGCGCCGCCUAUCUAAAUUGAGGCGUGUGAUCUCCAGCUUCAUCGGUGGUAAAUUGUAUGAUCCGACGAACCGGCUGGCAUGCAAGAUCGAUGGAGCCGGCUAACCCCUAUUGGAAUCCAGCUCUUGCUUGGAGGCGGAAAAUUGCUGUAUAUGAAUCUACAGGGAGAUACGAGAGGUUUGCUGUUUGCAGCGAGUAACUGUAGCACCAACAGUUGACAAAAUCCAACAGUUAUUCCCUCCCCUGUGUCA